CAACAACUUGCUGAGGGACCAGAGGGCCAGUGCUGCUUCCCUUGCUAAUAAGAUCAGCCGCCGCCAUGUCCGUCUCCCACAGUUCGAGACUCAACAAGGGGGUGAGGGAACAGUACAUGAAACUGCCCCAAGGAGGGAAGGUCCAGGUCACCUACGUCUGGAUCGACGGCACCGGGGAGGGAGUGAGGUGCAAGACCCGGACUCUGGAUCAGGAACCCAAAACCAUAGACCAGUGCCCAUGGUUUGGAAAACAGGAAUACACCCUGCUUGGCAGCAGUCCUAACGGGCAUUCUGUCCAGUAUGGUUGGCCAGAGAAUAACAGGUUCUGUCCUGGGCCACAAGGUCCCUAUUACUGCGGCGUGGGGGCGGAUAAGGUGUACGGGCGGGACAUCGUGGAGGCGCACUACAAGGCGUGUCUAUACGCCGGCAUCAAGAUCUGUGGCACCAACGCGGAAGUCAUGCCCUCCCAGUGGGAGUUCCAGGUGGGACCGUGCGAAGGCAUCGACAUGGGGGACCACCUAUGGAUGGCCAGGUUCAUCCUCCACCGGGUGUGCGAGGACUUCGGGGUGGUGGCCACGCUGGACCCCAAGCCCAUGACCGGAAACUGGAACGGCGCUGGUUGCCAUACCAACUACAGUACAGAGAGCAUGAGGGUCGAAGGGGGACUCAAACACAUAGAAGAUGCCAUCGAGAAGCUCGGGAAGAGGCACAACUACCACAUCUGCGUGUAUGACCCCCGGGGCGGGAAGGACAACUCCCGGAGACUCACCGGGCAGCACGAGACGUCCAGUAUCCACGAGUUCUCGGCCGGAGUCGCCAACCGGGGUGCCAGCAUCCGGAUCCCCCGCCAGGUGGGGCAGGAAGGCUACGGUUACUUCGAGGACCGCCGGCCGGCAGCAAACUGCGACCCCUACGCCGUUACCGAGGCGCUGGUCCGAACGACCAUCUUGAACGAGACCGGCAGCGAGACCAAAGACUAUUAGACCUGAGCUGGGAGCUGGCUUCUCCUGGUCAAUCACUAUGGCAUCUCCCGAGACGCCGCCAUGUUUUUUUAACCCGUUAGACUCCCGACACUACUUGAAUUCUUCUAAGGUGUAUAGAUGGUUCUACCAUAUUGUCUGUAAGGUUGGGGGGGGCUGCUGAUUAUUUUAGAUCUAUAGGAUAAGAACAAAGCGAGUGACCCUGCUGGAAUCUGAUUGGCUGGUGCCGACUGAUUCCUUCAGUUUCUCCCUUUGGGGAGGGCGGGAUUGUUAAUUGGCUCCUCUGGAGCUACGGGCUUUAUACAACUGUCUUUAUACCCACGAUAUCGACUGUACUCAAUUGUAUUGUUUUUAAUGAUGAAUAAAGACCUUUGAAUAAAAA